GCGUCAUUAAACACACCUUCUCAGCACCCAAAGAGGGAAAUGGUGAAGUGUUUGGUGGACGGUUGUGACUUUAUUCGAGCCCACGUGCUGCCAUUUAACUUGUGUCACAAGUGUCAUGCCUGGGGUCGGUUCGGUUUAACGGAAAAAUCACACAAUGCCGUGUAACCGUAGAGUCCCGCGGUAGCCUGUGCGGGUCUGACAGUUCAUUGUGUAUCUCAUGACUGUGUGGUUUUAAAGGUAGAAACUCUAUCUACACGCAGAGACAGCAGCAUGUGGCUCCUGUCAUCACUUCAGCCAUAGCUGAGGACAGACAUGGGCGACUGCCUCCACUGAGCCUUAUCCUUUUAGUCAACAUCUAUCACUCUGUGUGGGCCAGUGUCUUUCCAGAGAAGGUAUGGACACACAUGCGAUACAGCAGCAAGAGCUCUUCUCUGCAGCAGGUAGCUAGCCAUGCUUAGCUAGGAUCUUAUCCUGCCGGGCCCUGCCCUUCUUCUGCCCCGAAUCUUGGUCACAACCUCCAGGACAUCCCAGAACUUCUUAGGUCCCCCUUGGCCCUCUGUGAACUUGACCAUCCUGCGAAGGCAACAUGGGGGAAAGGCGAGCGCACUCUUUUCACACAACGUGCCACGUGCAACGUGACUAUGGCAGCAGGAUGGCGAGUUCCUUCAUAAGCUACAGGCCCAAUGGGUAUGCCAGCACAAGACUCGCCCUAGGGCAGGAGAUGGAGGCUGACCCUGCAGCUGGCGACACUUCUGCUGCUCGCUCUGCCCUACUGGCUCCUGUACCUGACAGAAGCCACUACUCUCCUGUUUCAAUGGAACUGGACCCCACGGCGGUGAAUAAUGGAUCAGGCAUCCCCUGCUGUUCGCCAGCGGACACAAGGGACCCAGCGCCGAGGACCAUACACAGCCAGCCCUCUAUCACCUCUGUCCCUCCACCUCUGCCUCGCUCGAGCUGGCUGCGCCAUCAGAAGGAAUUCCAGAGCCCUUACAUCAAGACUAGCAUGCAGGGUGAUGUUUACAACUUCCUAGAGAGACCUGCUGGACUGAAAUGCUUCCUCUACCACUUCCUUGUCUUCCUUAUGGUCCUGGUGUGUCUUAUCUUCAGUGUCCUGUCCACUAUAGAGCAAUAUGCAGAGUUUGCUACAGGAACCCUCUUCUGGAUGGAGAUUGUGCUGGUGCUGUUCUUUGGCACAGAGUAUGUGGUCCGGCUGUGGUCGGCAGGCUGCCGCAGCAAAUAUGCAGGCAUCAAAGGACGCCUCCGCUUUAUCAGGAAGCCCAUAUCAAUCAUAGAUUUGAUUGUGGUCAUUGCCUCAAUCAUUGUGCUCGGUGUUGGGUCCAAUGGCCAAGUGUUUGCAACAUCCGCCAUCAGGGGCAUCCGUUUCCUCCAAAUCCUGCGCAUGCUCCACGUGGACCGACAGGGAGGAACGUGGAGGCUCCUGGGAUCUGUAGUCUUCAUUCAUCGACAGGAGCUGAUCACCACCCUGUACAUUGGCUUCCUCGGCCUGAUCUUUUCGUCCUACUUUGUGUACUUGGCGGAGAAGGACGCCGUGGAUGAGGAGGGCAAGACGGGCUUCUCCAGCUACGCCGAUGCCCUGUGGUGGGGCGUGGUGACUGUCACCACUAUCGGCUAUGGAGACAAAAUUCCUCAAACGUGGAUAGGAAAGGCCAUCGCCUCCUGCUUCAGUGUCUUCGCCAUCUCCUUCUUCGCUCUGCCAGCUGGUAUCCUGGGUUCGGGGUUUGCCCUGAAAGUCCAACAGAAGCAGAGACAGAAGCACUUCAACAGACAGAUCCCUGCUGCAGCCUGCCUCAUACAGACACUUUGGAGGUGCUAUGCAGCAGAGAAACCAAACGGCUGCGCUGCUACGUGGAAAAUGUACGUUCUGACUCCGCAGUCCGUCACCACAGUGGAGCCUGACAACUCCAGCCCAAACAUCAGGAGACUGAACAUAUCGAGAAGGGGGCCCAAGAGGAGGGUGAAGCCCAGAGGAAAUGGAUCGAUGGGCGCGGCCUCAGAGAGGGCUGUAUCGAUCCCCCAGAUCACCUACGAUCACAUUGAGGAUGCUGGGGAGAAGAAAGACGUGUCAUUUUUCCAGGGAGGACAAAGGGGGGCUGUUGAAGGAAUCAACAGAAUGUUCCGACAGCCAGGCCCUCCUCACCAUUCUUGGUCGUCUUUUACUCUGAGCUGCCCUGGCUCUCCAGUAAGGAGAAUUAAUGACAACAGCACGUCCAUCGACAUCUCCCGUGCCAACAGCUUAACUGACGAGCUCGACUACAUGAGUGAGGACCUUCCCCUGCCAGUGGUGACCCAAAAAACUCAGUUGUCCCAUGCCCAGAGGUCAGCUGUUAAAGUCCUCCGCAGAAUGCAGUACUUUGUGGCCAGGAAGAAGUUUCAGCAAGCACGGAAACCGUAUGAUGUGCGAGACGUGAUCGAGCAGUAUUCCCAGGGUCACCUCAACAUGAUGGUUCGCAUCAAGGAGCUGCAGAGAAGGCUGGAUGGCACACUGGGGAAGCCAGGAAUGUUUCUUCCAGGAAAAGGGGAGGAUAAAGAAUACCCAACGAUUGGAGCGCGACUGAUCAGGCUUGAAGAUAAGGUCCAUCAGAUGGACCAGAAAAUGGAUGCGGUCCUGCGGGUCCUUAUGGAGCAGUUUCCCCCCAAGCCGGAGCUGACGUCCCAGCCCUCCAUCCGCAGGGUGACCAUCCAGAAAUGCAUGGGUGCCAGCAUCGAUGAGGGGCCCUGAUGUCACGGGGAAAGUGACGUAGGGUAUGAUGACAUCAUCACCAAAGGAGGAUUAAAGGAGCAGGAGUUCAUAUAAACAGCCCGGCCCUCUACACGGGCCAGACCCUGUCUUCCAUUUUACGAUCUCGAAUUUUCUCAUUGACUUUCGACCACUCAGAAGAGAACAACUUUUAAUUGUCUGGGACAUGAGGGCAAGAGCACCACUGAGAGUGGGAUUCAUGGUGCAGAAAGAAAACUGACUGACCUCUUUCUUCUGAUGGUUUUUGGCCCCGUUUGGUACUUUUUUUUAGUUUUUUGCAUGUCAAAAAUGUAGCUUUCUCCUCUACACCAGCAUUGCGGGCCUUCAGUCUUUCCCCCGGCAGCCUCACUCAAGCGGCAGCAUGCUGCGUGAAUUAAUUUCACUUACAUUAGCCCCAUAAUCACACGACUCGGAUAAUGUUCAUUUAUGUGCGGCCUGUCACCGAGCUGCAUUCCUCCACUCCAAAUAUUAUUCCAAAGCUAACUAACCCAGUAAUGAAGUCGUAAUGCAAUCAAAGCACUCAAGCUCCCCGAAGGCACAGAGAAAAACUGUCCGGCCAUGGCAGAGGCAUUCCUCGAGUCCUUCUGAUUAUCUUGGCACCAUCCACACCCAGUACACAACGGGGUUAUUUCCAUAGCCACAUAUCCAUCUAGCCUAACUGUACUUAGGCUGCGGCGUGUGUUUGUUGCUAGUGAUCGAAUGACACGGGGAGGGAAGGGCAGAUUAUCUGUUGACUCUGCCCUGCGUUAAGAACCGGAAGGUUGGAGUAAAAGAAGUGGAACUGAAGAAAUGCGGGUGGCUAACAUGGUGCUGAUUUACAGCUACGACGAAGUUACCAGCCGUCCUGCCAUGACGGGGCCCAGUUCUGUGUUACAGGAAUACAGCCAGUGACGGCACGGCCAUGUGUAUCGAUCCCAAAGUCCUUUAGCACCACUUCACCUCUCACACCACCACCAGGACCCUGCUUAAUAUCCUCUAUUACCCUCCUCGGGGGGCUCACACUGUUGUGUGCAAUUUGAAAUAAAUUUGCCCCAUUAAAGCUCUGAUUAUUUUUUUCUCCCCAGAGCUAAUUAAGUGCUGAAUUCCUGGUAAGGGGAGAUUACUCACUGUGAGCGACUAAUGAAAAGAAACACUGGAAAAUGUGCAGAAUUUAAACAGUAAGCCUUGAGGAGCGGGCGCACUAAUUCUGUGUGAAAGGUUUCGGAAAUAUCCGCCCGCCGCCGAGAGCGCACAUUUGAAAUGAAAAAAGAAAAAGAAAAAAAAAAGACAAUGCUCUCACUUUGUUCCCAUGCUCAUUUAUCUGACAGGACGCCGAGGCAUGUAGGAAGCAGAAAAUAGAAAAUAACUCGGCUAUGUAGCUACUGUAUGAAAGGCUUCCCAUAAUUAUAGCAUGCACACUCCUAAAAAGACGGAUGCACACACAAAAGAGGGGGGGGGGAGAAGGAAGGGGGAAGAUGAGAGGCUCUUCUCUCUGCACAAGUAUGUAUUUUCAUAAUUUUUGCAGUGGUUAAAAAAAAUAGCUAUUAUUUAUCUUACAUUUAAUAAAGUGGUUGUAUUUUAAAGGCACUCUGACCUUUUUGAACAUAUCUGCCUGUCCGUUCUCCUGUACAGUUUUAUAAGAGUUGUAAAUAGAAACAUUGCCUUAUUGUACUGUAUUUAUUAUCGUGUGGAAAGAUCAAUCUGGAAACAUGUCCACUUGCUGGAGUGAUGAGAAAAACACAGAGAGCGAGGCUGCUGCUGCUGCUGCUGCUCUACAGAUGGAUGGAAAUGAUUGUAAAUGAUAUUCACGCACACCCUCUGCACUGUAGCUCUGCUGUAAAUAAUAAAAAACUCCAUUUCAUUA